GCGGCAGCGGCGGCUGCUACGGCGGAGGUGGCGGCGGUUGCUGCUGCUGAGCCCGGGCGGCGGCGGGGACCCCGGGCUGGGGCCACGAGGGCCGAAGGCCCCGCGCCAUCGGCCCCAGCACGGACGCGAACCCGCGGUCUCUCUCCGGAGGCGAGGCUCGGAGGUCCUUCAGGUAUGGAUCUCUGGCAGCUGCUGUUGACCUUGGCACUGGCAGGCUCAAAUGAUGCUUUCUCUGGGAGUGAGGCCACAGCAGCUCUCCUUGGCAGAGAAUCCCAGAGUCUGCAAAGAGUUAAUCCAGCCCUGGCAACAAAUUCUUCUGGAAUGCCUAAAUUCACCAAGUGCCGUUCACCUGAACUAGAGACUUUCUCAUGCCACUGGACAGAUGGAGUUCAUCAUGGUUUAAAGCACUCAGGAUCUGUACAGCUGUUCUAUAUUAGAAGGAGCACUCAAGAAUGGACCCAAGAAUGGAAAGAAUGCCCAGAUUAUGUCUCUGCUGGAGAAAACAGCUGUUACUUUAAUUCGUCGUAUACCUCCAUUUGGAUACCUUACUGUAUCAAGCUAACUAGCAAUGGUGGUACAGUGGAUCAAAAGUGUUUCUCUGUUGAGGAAAUAGUGCAACCAGAUCCACCCAUUGGCCUCAACUGGACUUUACUGAACAUCAGUUUAACCGGAAUUCAUGCAGAUAUCCAAGUGAAAUGGGCACCACCACCCAAUGCAGAUGUUCAAAAAGGAUGGAUAGUUCUGGAGUAUGAACUUCAAUACAAAGAAAUAAAUGAAACUCAAUGGAAAAUGCCUGGUUCAUUGCUAAGUCAAACAAGACUUUCUAAAUCCAAGCUACAAUCAAACAUUUAUUCAGCAACCAGGAUUAAGAUGCUGAUUCUACCCCCAGUUCCAGUUCCAAAGAUUAAAGGAAUAGAUCCAGAUCUCCUCAAGGAAGGAAAAUUAGAGGAGGUGAACACAAUUUUAGCCAUUCAUGAUAACUAUAAACCUGAAUUCUACAAUGAUGACUCUUGGGUUGAAUUUAUUGAGCUAGACAUCGAUGACCCCGAUGAAAAGGCUGAAGGAUCAGACACAGACAGACUUCUAAGCAAUGACUGUCAGAAAUCACUUAAUAUCCUAGGGGCGAAGGAUGAUGACUCUGGACGUACCAGCUGUUAUGAACCUGACAUUCUAGAGACUGAUUUCAAUGCCAGUGACGUGUGUGAUGGUACCUCAGAGGUUGCUCAGCCACAGAAAUUAAAAGGGGAAGCAGAUCUUGUGUGCCUUGACCAGAAGAAUCAAAAUAAUUCACCUUACCCUGACGCUUCCCCUGCUACUCAGCAGCCUAGUGUUGUCCUAGCAGAGGAAAGCAAACCACAACCAUGUCUUGUUGUUGGAACUGAGUCAACUCAUCAAGCUGCCCAUACUCAGCUAAGCAAUCCGAGUUCACUGACAAACAUUGACUUUUAUGCCCAGGUGAGCGACAUUACACCAGCAGGGAGUGUGGUCCUUUCUCCGGGCCAAAAGAAUAAGGCAGGGAUAUCCCAGUGCGACAUGCAUCCAGAAGUGGUCUCACUCUGCCAAGCAAACUUCAUCAUGGACAACGCCUACUUCUGUGAGGCAGAUGCCAAAAAGUGCAUCGCAGUGGCUCCUCACAUUGAGAUGGAAUCACAGGUAGAGCCAAGCUUUAACCAGGAGGACAUUUACAUCACCGCAGAAAGCCUUACCACUACUGCUGGGAGGUCUGCGACAGCAGAACACGCUCCAGAUUCUGAGAUGCCUGUCCCAGACUAUACCUCCAUUCAUAUAGUACAGUGUCCACAGGGCCUCAUACUCAACGCGACUGCCUUGCCCUUGCCUAACAAAGAGUUUCCCUCAUCGUGUGGCUAUGUGAGCACAGACCAACUGAACAAACUCAUGCCAUAGCCUUUCUUUGAUUUCCUAAGAGCUACGUAUUUAAUGGCAGAGAAUUGGCUGGGGUGUGAAUGCUUAAACCAAAUCAAUGUUUAAACCUUUUGAGGGGGGGCAGGAGGUAGGAGGGUGAGGUAUGGAUUCUAAAUGCCUUUUCCGGAAAUGUUGAAACAUGAUAUUAAAAAGAAAAAAUAAGAAGAAUGCUUAAGCAGAUAGAUAUUACUAUUGUGAAUUGUAAAUAUUUUAAAUAAUUGUCUCAGAGACUGUUUAGUGGCAGUGAUUGUCUUGUUAUUGUGGGUGUUAAUUUUGUGAUACUAAGCAUUGAAUGGCUGUGUUUUUAAUGUAUAGUAAAUCAUGCUUUUUGAAAAAGCGAAAAAUCAGGUGGCUUUUGCAAUUCAGGAAAAUUGAAUGCAAAUCAUAGCACAGGCUAAUUUUUUUCUUUUUUAAAU